AUACUAUGCUCCAGGCCAGCAGAGUGCAGUAGAGCUCACAGAUCGAACAUAGUCUGUUAGUAGAGGAAGACCAUUGUUAGCAGACGGUGGACACUGUAGGAUUAGAACAAAUUGACCACUGACAGAUAAACACAACAAAAAACAAACAUAUACAUAGGCUUUAACUGAAGAACCAGAAGUGUUAACACAUCCCGUCCAAAAUGGUUAAUGUCUUGAAAGGAGUUCUCGUUGAAUGUGACCCAGCUAUGAAGCAAUUUCUUCUAUAUCUGGAUGAGACGUCGGCAUUGGGGAAGAAAUUUAUAAUCCAGGAUUUGGAUGACACGCAUGUUUUCAUCCUAGCUGAAGUUGUGCAGAUUCUCCAGGAGCGAGUAGGAGAACUGAUGGACCAGAAUUCAUUCCCCAUCACCCAGAAAUAAAUGUCUGAAUCUGACAGCAGACCUUACAAUCUGUGGGAGCAGAUGGAUGUGGAGAUUCUUUCAGCACAAUUGCACAAACACAGAUUUAACUGAAAUAUAUAGAUGACUGGCUACCAAGAUGAUGCCUGUUAUCCUUGUUUUAGUUCGACUGUUGCAUACAUUUUUCAUCUGACAGAAUUAUAUGUUUUAUGUUGCAUAUGUUUCAAAGACAGCUUCUUGAAUCUUUGCUGUGUUCUGACAAUAUGGUCAAUGAAUUCUGUUUUGCAUGGAAAAUGGCAUUAGCUGCAGAAAGUAAAAAUUAAUGUUUUUUUUUUUCAGCAUUUCAAAAUUGUACACAAAUUGAAAGCAGAUGGUUGAAGACAGUGUGAUUUAUAUACAUGCAUAAUAACAAGCAUCAAAUUAAAAAAAACUUAAAAAACAAA